GGGGGCGGGGAGGGAAGCGGAGGCUGGGAGCUCUGGGCCGGCCGGCUGUGGCGGCGGCGGCUAGGCCGGGACUUGGGCCGAGGGGCUCUCGUGGCGGCAGCGGCGGACGUCGGGCUGUGCAGCGGGUACCGGGCACGUUCCUUUUCCUGAGGGGUGCGGCGCUGUGGGGCCGAGGCUCACGCGGUUCUGCUGGAAACCCCCCUGGUAAGUGUGGAGGAGGCGGGACACUGUGACCCAAGCAAGACAAAAGGCCUGCAGCUCCAGCCAAAGACAACAAACCUAGAGGGAGAAGGAAAAGGAGUCUAUCAGCUGUUGCUGUGAACAAGCCUCCUGCGGAAGCUGUAUGUGGACUGAGGAGACAGUGAGUGGCAAGGGCCAGAGGGCCUGGACUGGGUGAGGCGUGCUCUCUGAGGUGCGGAGCCAGAAGGGAAGAGUGAAUGUGGCCUGGAGCGCCUGUUCCACUGGGUGUGCGUUCCUGUGGGGCGAUAGCCACGGUCAGCUCCUGUGUCGUGCCAGGGAGGGGUGAAGGGUUAGCAUUGAGGGGUAACCUGCUGGUUGGAGCAGCAGAGCAACGGCCUUGAUUUGUCUUCGGAAGAUUUAAGACCCAGUAAACAUAAACGUUCUGGUCCUUCAGCAAUGCUUUCUCUGAAGAAAUACUUAACGGAAGGACUGCUCCAGUUUACCAUCCUGCUGAGUCUGGUUGGGGUGCGGGUGGACGUGGAUACUUACUUGACCUCACAGCUGCCCCCACUUCGAGAGAUCAUCCUGGGGCCCAGCUCUGCCUACACACAGACACAGUUCCACAACCUGCGAAACACUUUGGAUGGCUAUGGGAUCCACCCCAAGAGUGUAGAUCUGGACAAUUACUUCACUGCCCGGCGGCUCCUCAGUCAGGUGAGGGCCCUGGACAGGUUCCAGGUGCCCACCACUGAGGUGAAUGCUUGGCUGGUUCACCGUGACCCUGAGGGGUCUGUGUCUGGCAGUCAGCCCAGCUCAGGCCUGGCCCUUGAGAGUUCCAGUGGCCUCCAGGAUGUGACGGGCCCAGACAGCGGGGUGCGAGAAAGUGAGACGGAGCAGGGCUUUGGUGAUGAUCUGGAGGACUUGGGGGCUGUAGCCCCUCCAGUCAGCGGAGACUUAACCAAAGAGGACAUAGAUCUGAUUGACAUCCUUUGGCGGCAGGAUAUUGAUCUGGGGGCUGGGCGUGAGGUUUUUGACUACAGCCAUCGGCAGAAGGAGCAGGAUGUGGAUAAGGAGCUUCGAGAUGGAAGAGGCGAGCAGGAGGACAACUGGGCGGGCACGGGCACCGAUGCUCUGGCCCAAGACCUGCUAGUGGACGGAGAGACUGGGGAGAGUUUCCCUGCACAGUUUCCGGACGUCACCAGCCUCCCAGAAGCAGCGCCAAGUGAGAACGAGUCCCCUGUUCUCCAGAACAGCCUGCUGUCUCCGCUUCUCACAGGGACAGAGUCGCCAUUUGAUUUGGAACAGCAGUGGCAGGAUCUCAUGUCCAUCAUGGAAAUGCAGGCCAUGGAAGUGAACUCAUCGGCGAGCGAGAUCCUCUACAGCACCCCUCCUGGGGACGCCCUGAGCACCAACUACAGCCUGGCCCCGAGCACACCCAUCAACCAGAAUGUGAGCCUGCACCAGGCGUCCCUGGGGGGCUGUGGCCAGGAGUUCUCGCUCUUCAGCCCAGAGGUAGAGAGCCUGCCUGCUGCCGCCGCCAGCCCUGCGCUGCUCCCGCUGGGCCCCAGCAACUCCACCAGCCUCAACUCCACCUUCAGCCCUGCCAGCCUGGCUGGGCUCUUCUUCCCACCCCAGCUCAACGGCACCACCAAUGACACAGCGGGCCCCGAGCUGCCUGACCCUCUCGGGGGCCUGCUGGAUGAAGCCAUGCUGGAUGAGAUUAGCCUGAUGGACCUGGCCAUCGAGGAGGGCUUCAACCCGGUGCAGGCCUCGCAGCUAGAGGAGGAGUUCGACUCGGACUCGGGCCUCUCCCUGGACUCCAGCCAUAGCCCAUCCUCCCUGAGCGGCUCUGAGGGCUCUUCCUCCUCCUCCUCAGCCUCCACAUCCUCGGCCUCUUCCUCCUCUUCCGCGUCCUCUUCUGCCUCUUCCUCCUUUUCUGAGGAAGGUGCUGUUGGCUACAGCUCGGAUUCUGAGACCCUAGAUCUGGAGGAGGCUGAGGGUGCCGUGGGCUACCAGCCUGAGUAUUCCAAGUUCUGCCGUAUGAGCUACCAGGACCCGUCGCAGCUGUCCUGCCUGCCCUACCUGGAGCAUGUGGGCCACAACCACACGUACAACAUGGCGCCCAGCGCCCUCGAUGCCACUGAGCUGCCCCCAGGCGGUGGCUUCAAGAAGGGCGGCAAGGAAAAGCAGGCGGCCGACUUUCUGGAGAAGCAGAUGAGCCGGGAUGAGCACCGCGCCCGUGCCAUGAAGAUCCCCUUCACAAAUGACAAGAUCAUCAACCUGCCCGUGGAGGAGUUCAACGAGCUGCUGUCCAAGCACCAGCUGAGCGAGGCGCAGCUGAGCCUCAUCCGCGACAUCCGGCGCCGUGGCAAGAACAAGAUGGCGGCGCAGAACUGCCGAAAGCGCAAGCUGGACACCAUCUUGAACCUGGAGCGUGACGUGGAGGACCUGCAGCGUGACAAGGCGCGGCUGCUGCGCGAGAAGGUGGAGUUCCUGCGCUCGCUGCGGCAGAUGAAGCAGAAGGUGCAGAGCCUGUACCAGGAGGUGUUUGGCCGGCUUCGUGAUGAAAAUGGGCGGCCCUACUCGCCUAGCCAGUACGCCCUGCAGUAUGCGGGCGACGGCAGCGUCCUGCUCAUCCCCCGCGCCCUGGCCGACCAGCAGGCCAGGCGGCAGGAGAGGAAGCCCAAGGACCGGAGGAAGUGAGUGGGCGCGGCGAGCUCAGCGAGGCUGAAACUGGAGCGGGGCGGGCCCGGGCCUGGACCCCGGCGGGGACUUCAAUGCCUUCUUACCCAUAUAUCUUCUCAGACGGAGGACUGCGGGUCAGUGGACGGAGGCGGCUGCGUGGGCACUGCCCGGCCUGGCUUCCAGCCGUGGAAGCGGCCGGACCACCAGGCAGGGCCUCGCUGACCCCUCUGGGUAAAGUGGGUGGAGGGCUGCGGUUGGUGUUGCUGAGUUGGAGGAGGAGGUGUGUGGAGGGAGGUGACAGGAGGAGCAGAGGGAGGGAGAGGACAGGAGGCGGGAGAAAGUAGUUUCUGGAGGAAGGAAGAAAGGAAACCAGGACAUCGCAGCGGUCGGCAAAGGGAAAGGGGAGGUCAGGCCUUGGCCAGGGUUCUAGGCAGGAGGUUUGUGGAGCUUCUCACCUGGGGUCUGUGGCGCAGGUGGGCGUGGAGGGCUCGGUUCCCUUCCCUGUCCCUACGCUUAGCUGUCCCUCGAGGCAAGCGUGCCUGUUGUGUUGCGGUUGAGUGGGAGCCUGGGUGACGCUGGCUUACUGGGCCCACGGGCAGAGGGAACAGAGAGGUCCCGAGGUCCGCACUGCAGCAGCCCCAACACCACGCAUGUCCUUCACUGCCUGCCACUGCCACUUACACCGUGUCCUGGCUGUCCCGUGUGGGGCGCCCGUGUCCCAUCAGCCUGCAUGGAAUUGCUGCACUGUUCAUUCCCUUCCCACCUGGCCCCGGAGCCCUGGAGGGGUCCUGGCUGUAGUGUCAGGGCGGGAGGGCACGGGAGUGGGGUUCAGCGCGCACAGGCGUGGCACCCUGGCCGCAGGCGGUCCUAAAAACAUGGCAGUUGCGUAGUCCUAGCGCCCUGCGUUUCAGUGCGUCUCGAGGGCCUGUGCCGCCACCUCUGGGGUCCAGCGUGCGCGUGUUGGGUGAGGAGGAGAUGCCUCAGUCUUCAAGCUGCUAAACGUUCUCUUUGCCAUAAAGACUCCGUGUAACUGUGGACGCUUGGGAUGGUUCUCCUCGGCCCGGGGUCUUGUCUGCCUUUCUGGGUUUUUUUCUAGAGGGGGUAGUGGGGGCCCCCAGCUCUGGCUCUACCUGGCUAGGUGGCUCCAGGAGCACAGUGUUGCGGUGUCAGUCAUAUUGGUGAUUGGCGACUGGUUGCCAGUGCUGCCCCACUAGGGCCACCUGCUGGGGCGGGAGGGUUGGGGAGUGAUGACCCUCCGCCCGAGGAGGGGGGCCCAGCCAAGCAGCAGGAAUGUGGGCAGAGCCUGGGAGUGCUUUUUAUAAAUUAUUUUCCUCGUAGAUUUUAUUUUUAAUUUAUCUCUGACCUGCCAGGGAGAGGAGAGAGAGAUGCUGUGAGCACAUGACAAAAU